AUGGUUGCAAAUUCAGCUUCAAUCGUUCCCCCAGAUUUAGAGUCUCGAUUUUCAGAAGUGAAAAGAAAUCUCGUGAAGGAUGAGGAUAGGCAGUUGGUGACAGACUCUUGGAAAAGACUUCUUAGAGCACUCGAAUCGGAAACAAAAGCUAUGGAAAACGCUGGACCUUCAAGAAUUCCAACUAUUCAAUGGGAAGAUAUUAAGAAGAAUAAUUUCCAACUCACAGAGAAGGAUUCAGAAUCAUUCAAAAAAGCCGGAGUUGUUUUAGUCAAAGGGGUCAUCGAUCGUCCUCAAAUUGAUACUUGGUUUGAAGAAUUAGCUCAAUUUUGCAAAGAUCAUCCCGAAACUGCAGGAUAUACUUUCCCAAACCCAACGUCUUGGUACAAUUUAUUUUGGACCAAACCACAAACUGAAGCUAGAUUCCAUGAGAACACCAAAAAAUUAUUUCAAGUGUUAUCGAAUGAGUUUUAUGUCGAAGAUAUUGAGAACUCAUUGAUUGACCUUGAUACCCAAGUAGUUUAUGGGGAUCGGAUCAGAAUUAGACAGCCUGGAACAAAAGCAUCUCUCAAUUUGCAUUUAGAUUCGAGUUCUAUUGAAAGAUGGGAAGAUGCAACUUACAGAGAUACUUACAAGCAAAUUUUUGAAGGGCAUUGGGAAGAUUGGGAUCCUUAUAAGCUUGAUAAAAGACAGUUUGCACGUGAAGAUUUAUAUCAUCACCUUGAUACAAAACGUCCAACGAUUUGUUCAUCAUUCCGUACUUUACAAGGUUGGUUAGCACUUAGUGAUAAUAAGACAGGCGAAGGUACCCUUAGAGUUUUCCCUAAUGUAAAACUUGGUAUUGCGUAUAUUUUGUUAAGACCAUUGUUCUGGAAGGAUCCAGAAUCGGGUAACAUUGAUGAUUAUGAAAUUGAUCUUGAAACUCCUAAAUUUCCUGGGGCAGUUCCUUCAACUGGUCAAUUGUUUAUCGAUGAUGAAUUUUAUCCUCAUCUUCGUCAAUGUGAAGCAGUUGUCGGUAUUCCUGACGUGCAAAAAGGGGAUUUUAUGUUUUGGCAUGCUGACAUUCCUCAUGAAGUAGACAAGGAACAUAAUGGGGAUGGACACUCCAGUGUAUUUUACUAUGGAGUGACUCCACUCUCUGUGACAAACAUUCCAACCCUUCUUGAUACCAAGGAAUCAUUCCUUGCUAACAUCUCGCCCGAAGAUUAUCGCUCUCAAUUGGGUGAUGCAAAAGAGUACCAAGGUGCUGAUAUUGCAAACAUUACAUGUAAAGAAGGACUUAGAUCUAUGGGCCUUGAACCAUUUGAAAUCUCUGGAGACCUUUCUAAUUCCCAAAAAAGGGUUAGGCAGUUGGCCAACAAUGCUAUCGCUGAAGGAAAGUUUGAUUUGCACACUUUCUUAAAAUCAAUUUAA